AAACCACCAUGGCCCCCCUUCCUGGCGACGUGUUGAUGCUGAUCAUGUACCAUCUAGAAUUGACCGACCUGCUCGUGCUAUCGCUGACCUGCCACUAUCUGCACGACCUCGUCGCUUCGUCCGGAUGGGCCCAAUAUGCUCGGACCCACCAGCGCUACGCACCAAGCCUCUCACCCUUGCGCGAAUCCUGGUCCAAAGACCCUCUCGCCCAGCUCUGCUUCCACGCCGAGACCGACCGCGCAUGGGCGAAGGCAGCCUGCGUCGCGCGCCCGCUCAUGCAGCCCUGGCACGGCAAGCUCCAGCCACUCAUGGCGAUCUCACCCUCGCGCCUCGUCGUCGCCGCAGGCAGCGACGUCUACGCGUACGCGUUCGAGGGCCCCGGCGCCCGCGUGCGCUUCGAUUGCCUGUACCACCUUCGCGAGCCGGACACGCCCAGGCGGGACGUCACCGGCCUUGCGUUUGUAUCAGAUUCAGAUUGUGGCGACGAGAGCGUGCUCUGCGUCGGCUUCGAGGAUGGCGUGCUCGAGCUCGUGACGCUCCCAUCACCCCCCGAGUACGAAAAAGAGCUCGGCGUCCCGGCGGAUUGUCGCACCCCGCUCGACGUCUUCGCCGGCGACCUGAUCGAGAGCCUGUGCUCGUGCUCGUCGGACAUCUUGUCGCUCUCUCUGUCCGGCCAGGGCACGUUCAUAUCUCUGGCCUCCUCUCUGCCCUCAUCCGCCUCGUCCUCAUGCUCAGAUUCCUCCGACUCGAUCCCGCUCCCAUCCUUCCCGUACACGACGAUCGACCUCCCGGGGCGCGGCUGGUCCUCGCACCUCAACAUGUCCGCAUCGACCCCGUACGCCGCCUUCGGCACCUCCUCCCCAACCCCGCUCGUCCUGCACGCCCUCCUCCCGGACACCGGCUUCUCGCGCGAGCCGCUCGCCAUACUCGGCGCCGGGACCAAAGUCACCUCGCAGCAGAGCGCCGUGUACGGCAUCGCGCGCGCUCCCUCGCACUUCCCAUGGGGCGGGCCAGACCCGAUCGUCGUCUCGGGCUGGUACGACGGCGUCGUGCGCGUGCACGACCUCCGCGCCUCCUCGCGCUCGGACCACGCGGGGCUGACGCCGGUGAUGAAGCUCUACGACCCGUGGUCGACCGAGCCGAUCUACAGCGUCGCCGCCGGGGGAGGCUCCGGGUCGCACAUCGCCGCCGGCUCCGCCCGGCACUCCGUCGUCUCCUUCUGGGACGUGCGCGCCUCCCCGACCCACGGCUUCAGCAUCCACGGCCCGGGCAACGACCCCUCGCCCGUCUACAGCCUCGUCCUAGAAAGCUCUCGCCUGUUCGGCGCGACGCAGAGCCGGGCGUUCGUGUACGACUUUGGACCGGACGUGUCCACGUCCACGUACCCGCCCCUCCCGACCGACACCGACUUCGUCCUGCCGGACGUCCCGGCCCCGAACAACAACAACAACAAUAAUAAUGGAGGUCGGAGGAAUCGCACUCGGCGGACGCAGCUGAACGAGGGGCUGAAGCGGCCCAAGGACUGGAACGGGAUAGGGUACUACGUGACGAAGUACAGCCAUAACCGCGGCGUCGCCAGCAAGGCGUCCCCGUCCGGCUCGUGGAGAUAG